GCCGAGACAGCGACCUGACGUCGCUGAGAUCCACCAUGCCAGCCAGCGGCCCUCUGCAGGGAGGUUCCCCCUCUAAUCUGAACAUGAACCUGUAUGCCACCAAGAAGACGGCCGCCGAGGGCAUGUUGGACAUCGCUCUGUUCCUGGCUAACAUCACGCACAUGAAGACCGUCAUCGAACAGGGAGCUGGAUACAGGUACUAUGCUGCCGUCCUGACCCUCAUCUCCUUCUCCCUUGCUCUCCAGAUAGUGGCUGGAGUCCUGAUCAUCAUCAUUGCCCGCAGGGACCUGAACGUGGUGUCCAAUCAGAAACGACUCGACUACCUGAACAACCUUGCCACAGGUGUCAUCUUCCUCACCACGGUGACUAACUUCUUUGUCAGCUUCUUCGGAUCCAAGAGGACUGGCUUCUUCCGCUGGCUGCUGGCUCGACUCCACUUCUGACACGAGCGCACAC